CGUGCUGUACAGUUUGGGCUCCGUGACGUGGUGAUUGGCCAUUUAAGUCUAUGAGGAAAACUCUAAAAGUAGUGAGUUUAUUACCGACUUUAAACUGAUUUUACCGCGUGGCGUCUGUCGUACAAGAGGAGCAGAUUUAGUUAAUGAGGAAUCUCUCUUACAUUCUGUUGUUUUGACGGGAAUCAGACGGUUUACAGCUGCUCACCGGGACUGUGUUUCUGUGUCCGCAAAGUGAAGAUACAGCGGGAAAAUGAAGCUAUUCAGCCUCAGCAUCCUCCACAAAGGAGCGACCAAAGCCAACCUCCUGAAAGCGGCCUACGACUUGUCCUCCUUCAGCUUCUUCCAGCGCUCCAGUGUCCAGGAGUUCAUGACCUUCACCAGUGCCUUGAUUGUUGAGCGAUCGUCUCAAGGAAGCCGUGCCUCUGUCAAAGAACAAGAGUACUUGUGCCAUGUUUAUGUGAGAAAUGACAACUUGAGUGCUGUGGUCAUCGCAGACGCAGAAUACCCACAGAGAGUGUGUUUCACAUUACUCGAUAAGGUAUUAGAGGAGUUUUCAAGGCAAGUGGACAGUAUAGACUGGCCCACAGGUAAUCCUGACACCAUAAACUACAAAGCACUGGAUAUUCACCUUGCUAAAUACCAGAAUCCCAGGGAGGCAGACGCAAUGACCAAAGUGCAGGCAGAGCUGGACGAAACAAAGAUUAUUUUGCACAACACCAUGGAAAGUCUGUUGGAAAGAGGAGAGAAACUGGACGACCUCGUGGCGAAGUCCGAACACUUGGGAGACUGUUCCAAAGCCUUCUACAAGACUGCUCGGAAACAAAACUCAUGCUGUGAAAUCAUGUGAUGCCGCCGCCUCGUCCUCUCGGGCGACGCCUCUCUCUGCCUUUUCUGUUUUUCCUACAACUCCCAUCACGCACCGGCCACCAGCUCUCAACGCAGACAGGGCGGACGCCGUCUGAGCGCAGACGGGGCACCGGGACGGGCAUGAGAGCCAGAGGGGGGGCGGCCAGUCCGACUGUUGACCUCUCUGGAUUGUGACUGAUGGGGGCUGAAGGAGCGGUGGGGUUUGGUCGGGGGAAAAAGUAACGAUUCGAGUGAUUUUUAACCUUUCAAUGGGUGAACAUCUGUGUGGCGUAUCAAUACCAGCUGAAGACAUGCUCGUGUGACGUCGUGUGUUGUUGGUGUGUCGUUGAAACGUCUUCAGAACCAUUCUAUGUUAUUCAGAUCUCAGCAAUUUGACUUCAAAAAUCUUCAGCCAGUAUUAACCACAGUUGUGCUUUUUGCUUCAAGGCAACUCUGACAAUCUCUCAGUCUUAUAUAUUCCGACGGCGAGUGAUCCUUUCCGUUCUUUGAAGCCUGGUUUCUUAUUAACUUCUGUGCCCACUAGGUGGCCAUGUUUAUUUACUCCCAUGAGCCUCAGCUUGGAGGCUGUUCUUCAAACUAACAUGAGCAGAGGCAGCGGGCGGCUGCUUGGACGUGCGGUCUGAAAAUCCCGCACAAUUUCAGUAUGAGUUGUUCUCAAAAGCAAACUGGAUUUAGUUAACCAAACGUCUUUGCUGUUUUGUGUAAUUGUGUUAAAAUCGCUAACAUUCCCACUUUGAACGAUUUGCGUUAUUGAGUGCAGGUGUUUGAAGCUGAUGAGAAGUGGGAGAGUAGAGGUCAAACGUAGUGCGACGGUUAGAAGCAGCCUUACCGCGGUGUGGCUAACCGAAGACUUUUCGAAGCAACGCUGCCGCGCUUUUCACUCUGAUAUAUUCAACACUUAUGCAGGUUUUUGUGUUCAGUCUGCGGCUCCGCUGUGACUCUUAAAGCUGGAAUCACUGAUCCUUUUUUCCAUCCUGUUUGUGACUGAAGUGAUUUUGGGGACACUCAGGGGCUCCAAGUACUCUCUGGUCUCUUUUUUUUUUUUCUUCUUCUUCUUCUUCUUUCUUUUUCUGUGCUCGUCACCUGUCUGCUGAAAUGGGUGUAACAUUUUGAACGCUCAAACUUACUCUAAGAGUCGCAUCGUACUCUUGAGACACUCCACGUCUGACAACGUUUUACGGUUUGCUUUACUUGUAGGUUUGAUUGAAUAGAAAUAUUCUUCUUUCAGAUACGGCUCCUGAGUUUAGGAUGAAGAGAUGCCUUUGUGUACUUUAGAUGUUUCUCUGCUCUUUCUUUCUCUCUGCUGUACAUGUGGAUAAGUUGCUGAUGUGCAUCAUCCAGUCACAGGGUGCAUUGAUGUUGAGUGCCUGUGUGUGUGUGAGGAGUGGAUAGUCUGAAUUUGCUCUUUCUGCUUUUACAGUGUAAACUUUCGUGCAAUAUCUGCAGACUGUCAACGUGAGUCCCUUUUGAAAGUACAGGAAAUAAAGAAAUUCUCUCUAAAUUGGACAAUGAAUUGAUGUUUGUGUAUGCAAUUAUUCUGGCUCACUACCAUGUAAACCGAUUCCAGGGUUGCUGUUUUGAGAUUUUUGUUUUCUUCCAAAAAAAAAAAACCCUGCUUGUGUUGAAUUUGAUUAUAUCGUCAGAUCAAUGCUGUAGCUACUUUCAGGUCAAGUCUUAUUGACCCGUGUGUUAAAUUAUCUCCGUUCAAGUUUUUGAUCCAGGUGUGGUCUGCAAAAAGAAAAUAAAAACUUAUAAUAAACUGUUAUUUUCUGUCUGGA